AAAUUUUGGCACGAUGCUGAAGUUUCAAACCGCGACCAAAGAGGAGCUGAAACUGGCCGCAGCCGUUCAACGCAGGCGGCAGAUCGAGGCAGAGAGAAAGGAACGGAUUUUCAAUGCACGAUUCAGGAAAAUCGGGAUAGACAAGGAAUUCUUGGACAAACAGGUCGAGGAAAAGAAGCAGCAACGUGAACUGGAAGAAGCCCGAGAAUCCGAACUCGACGAGAUUUUGCUUCAAAGUUGUAAGAUCGGUUUGCUAUUGGAGAAACAACAAGAAGAGGAAAAGCGAAAAAUCCACAAAGAGAUCGAGCAUUAUAGACAGCAGUAUCAACAACGCCAGGAAUGCGAACUGUCGAAAAAAGGCGAUCGCGAUCUAUCCUUCGGCGAGCUAUUAAAAAGCGAGGAGGAUGAUCUUAAGGAAAAGGCGAAGGCGAAGAAAGAAGAGAUGAGGUGGUGGAUCGAAAAACAAAUGCAGGAACAUCUGUCCGCCGAGAGCGAACGGAAGGAAUUCAAGAAAGCCCAGGAAGCAGCCAUCCUCUCCAGAGACAGGCAUGCCAUGAAGAUAGCUCAGAUGGAACAAGAUUGUCGUCGAAAGUUGAACGAAGCCACCGCACGAUUUAAUCAAGCCAUGGCAGAGGAACAGGAAUACCGCCGCCGCUGCGAAGCCCUUCAAGAGGAGGAGGACAAGAAGGCGGAUAUCUACAAUCACGUGACUGGGGACUUCCUUACGGAAGCCAAAGAGCAGGCGGAGAGCACUCAUGGACCGCACAAACCGUUGGCCUCGCGUUACAAGGGCAUGACUGCGGACGAGCUUAAGGUUUUCAGGGAGGCUCAAGCACGCCAACUGAAAGAAAUGAAGGAAAUGAAAAUAGAGGAGAAACGAAGAGACGAAGAAUGGGAUCGAUUGAUGACUACCCAAGCCGAGAUCGCAGAUUCGUAUCAACGUGAAAUUGAUCGGAAGAAAGCGGAAAUUAAAAAGAAAAUAGCAAAGGAGAAUUUGGAAUUAGCGGAGCAACAAAAAUCUCAUCAGGAAUAUCUCAAUUGUGUGCUUUAUAAAAAUAAAGCGACUGCAGCCUUUUAUGAACAAUUUAAUAAAGAUGCUCGUUAAAAAUAAAA